AUGGAUUUGGAAUAUGUUAAUGAUAAUGUUAACAAUAACGAGGAUGAUGAGAUAUGCCCAUUAUGUAUGGAAUUAUUGGAUGAAACCGAUCGCAAUUUAUUCCCAUGUAAUUGCGGAUACCAAGUUUGCCUAUGGUGUUUACAUUAUAUCCGCAAUACCAUGGGCAAUAAGUGCCCUGCCUGCAGGCAAGAUUAUAAUGAGUCGAAUUUCAAGUAUAUUAACACAAAUACCACCGCCACCACGCGAAGCGAUAAAAACAAUAGAAAGAAAAAACCAGACCUGAACAUUAAUAACGGAGCUAACUCCAAUAAUUCAACUACCGCCACUACCAAUGGCAGCUCAGUCAAUAAUAGCUCAUCCGAUAAAAGUUCUUCCCAGUCACCCACUACUAAUACAGGAGUUGUAGAUAGUAACAAUGUAUCAAUAGAAGUAUUAAAAGAUAUAAGAGUAAUCCAGAGAAAUUUGGUGUAUGUGGUAGGCAUACCACUAAAGUUGGCCAAAAAGGAGAUUUUAAAGAGAUAUGAAUAUUUUGGCCAGUACGGGAAAAUUCAGCAUAUUGUAGUAAACAAGAGCAACACAUACUCGAAUGUGAAUAUACCUUCUUACACGGCAUAUAUCACAUACUCGAAGAAAUCUGAAGCGAACUACGCCAUUCAGUGUAUUAAUACAAAGCAGAUCGAUAAUAAAUAUCUGAGAGCGUCUUACGGGACCACCAAGUACUGCAGCUAUUUUCUUAAGGGUCUAAAGUGCUUUAAUCAGGACUGUUACUACUUACACAAGUUCACAAACUCAUCUGAACACUACUAUAAACACAGUAAUACUAAUAACGCAACACUUAACUCUAAAGAAAUAGAUAAAGAUAACACUGCCAGCGCAGUUAAAGACACUAGUGCGAAGGACACGACAGUCACCAAUAAUGUAGAGCAACCUGAAACAGGCCCAGUAGUCGAUAACAUUUUCAACGUAAAUAUCAAGUAUAUACUGAAUAAAUACAACAGCAAUAAUAAAUUAAUAAACAUUGUCAACGUUAAUAAUAAUAAAUCGUUAAGUUCGGUCAAUAACAACGUCACUAAUUUGUACCAAUGGUGUUUCAACAACACAAACACUCCCAACACUAUGCAUGUCAACUCGGGAUCUAACCAGCCAAAUUACUCAGAUCACAAUAGCAAUACAAAGGACGGCACAGUUGACAUAUUUAACAACAAUGAGUUAUAUAUUAACGAUAUAAUGAAUAAAAUAAGGAGAUACACCAUGCUAAUAGAUAACUUAUCAAAGUCCUAUAACAACACCAACACCACCUUAAAUCCCAAGGACAAAUCUAAUACUUUGUCCCCAAAAGAUAACUCACAGCAUGAUAAAGGGCAAGAAAGUUCUGUUGGUAAUGAAGGAGGCACCAUUGAAAACUAUAUACAAAAUAUACUAUAUAACUCUAAAGGCCCCGAGGUUGCCAACAACGUAAUGACCGAAGAUGUAAAUAAAUUGUAUAAAUCACACCUCAAGAGGAACGAAUGCCUCCUCAACCAUUUAAAAUUAAUAUUUAACAACGAAUAA